AUGAUACAAUUUCUUAUUGAUAAAAUAAAUGAAGAAGAAUUACCAUUUGGAAAACCUGAAAAUAUCAAAAUUGUGGAUUUAGGAACUGGUAAUGGACACCUUUUAUUUCAAUUGCAUGAAGAUAUUUUAGAGGAAUGUGCUUAUCAAGAUGAGAUAAAGUUUGACUUUAAAGGAAUUGAUUAUUCCCCUGACUCAGUGGAAUUUGCUAUUAAAAUUGCGGAGCAGAAAUAUCCUCAGGCCGCAUUUCAAUUCGAACAAGUGGAUUUGUUAACAAAGGAGAAUAAAUUUUUGUUAACCAAUUCAUCCCAAUUCGAUAUAUUAUUGGACAAAGGUACGUUGGAUGCCAUAGCACUUAAUCAAAAUGUUAUUCCAGAAUUCGACAAUAAAAUCGGCAUGGAUAUUUAUGCAUCCCAAGUAUCGCAAUUGAUGCAUGAAAAUUCGAUUUUGUUGAUAACUUCUUGCAAUUUUACUGAAUCAGAAUUAAUAAAAAUAAUAACGCAGGAUAAGUCUAAUUGCUUGACUGUAUGGAGCAAGAUAGAAUAUCCUAGUUUCCAAUUUGGGGGUGUCAAAGGGUCUACUAUUUGCAGCAUCGCAUUUAUCAAAAAUUGA